AUAAAAUUUAAUCGCUAUAUAUUGCACUCUCUAUAGUUCUAGGUGUAAAUAAUUGUUUGUGGGAUUGUUCGAACAAAGUUUGAUUUCACAAUGGCGAUACGUAUUUAUUUUAUUUGUUUUCUUACGGCAUUAAUUGGCGUUCAUUCUGCGCCAAAUGUCUCUAUGCGUGAUGUUUCUAAUGGAAAUCGUUUAAAAAUUGUGGGAGGCGACAACGCAACAAUAACUGAUUACCCAUACCAAGUAUCUGUUUUAUUUGUCCAAAGAGGAGACUUAUUACACGGAUGUGGUGGCUCCAUUAUAAACGAGUUUUACAUUCUCACCGCUGCCCAUUGCACAUAUGGCGAAACAGAGGAAUCAACAGCCGUUAGAGUCGGAUCAUCGAUCAGGAACCAAGGGGGGACAGUUUACGAAGUCAGAAAAAUACACAUACAUCCCAGAUACAACCCCGAAACAUUCGACUACGACAUUAGCGUACUCGAGUUAACAUCACCUCUCAGUUACGAACCCGGAGUUGCGGCGAUUACUCUAGCUACAGAAGGAACUGAAAUUACAGAUGGCAUCGAAGCGGUAGCCACCGGUUGGGGAUACAUGAAGGAUCCGAAGCAACACGGUAUACUGGCGGAUCAAUUGCAAGUGGUAACACUACCAGUCAUAUCUACCGAAACGUGCCAAAACCAAUAUUACCAAGGCGCUGUUUCAGACAGAAUGUUUUGCGCUGGCUACGACGAAGGUGGAAAGGAUACUUGUAUGGGUGACUCAGGAGGUCCGUUAGUUGUAGCAGGAAUUCAAAUUGGUGUGGUAUCUUGGGGAGGAAUAUGCGCUGCGCCGAAACAACCUGGUGCUUACACAAAAUUACCAGUAUUUGAAGAGUACAUUAAUUCCAUAAUAAAUUAAUGACAAUUACGCAUUAAUUUAAAUUUGUCAAGUAUUAAAUUUUCGUUUGAGAGUA